AUGGCGAAAGGAGCACGAGCGAGCACCAACAAGGCGAACAAUGUAAAGCUCAAGGCCAAUGUGUUUGGACCCGUCGAGAAUGCCAGGACCGAGCGACUGUCAGCAAAGCUUCUUGAAUUGGCCUCCCAGCCAAAACCAAAGCCUGCCAAAGCAGAGAUAGAUAUGGAUGUAGAAGGUAAUAAUCGAUUCUUGAUUUUUUGCUCCUUACAUAGAUCUAAUAUUCUCACAGCCACUGCGAAAAACGCCAAUACCGACCCCGCUACGGCAAAGCAGACCGAGGACAUGGAAAUCGAUCAAGGCACCUCAAGGCCCUCCAAAGGCCGGAUAGCCAAGAAGGUCAGGCACAAGUCCAGUCGCACAGCAUCGAUCGUCUUCCCAAAGUACAAGAACGGCGCAAGAGUUGGGAAGUCUAAAGGGAAGAAAUAG